CUCUCACUCACUCACAGGCGCACACACAUGAGGCGACGGGCAUAUGUCGAUAUAUGCAACAGAUCCGUCUACAAGGAGGGCGCCGCGCUUUGUUGAUGUGUGCAAAUAUUUCCCUGAACAAGCAGAGUUUCUUAUUUAUUUAUUCUUUAAUUUAUUUUUGAAUCAUUUUUGCGGAGUUUUCUUUGCGGACACUGAGCAGCGGAGCAGGAUUUAACAUGCCAGACAUUUAAGGAGGACACAAAGUCUCACCCCCGAUUUUUUCCCCUCUGUGGAAGUAAUCGCCACAGUGUGCGCGCAGAAGAUGGGGACGAAAAGGAUCCAAACCAAAGGAAAUCUAUUCACUUCGGCACUACUCAAACUAUUGCUUCUGGUUGCGCUCAUGCACAGCGCCACUGGUAAGACUUUGAAAUAUAAAGUUUACGAGGAGCAGAAAGUGGGCACUGUUAUUGCACGGCUAAAAGAGGAUGUAUCCGGAGUUUUAUCCAAACUGCCCGGCUCUCUGACCUUUCGGUUCCGCGCUAUGCAGCGAGGGAGUACCCCGUUCCUGUCCGUUCGGGAGGAGGACGGUGAGAUCAGCAUUGGCACCAAAAUCGACCGCGAGAAGCUGUGUGAGAAAAACUUAAACUGCUCGAUUGAAUUCGACGUGGUCACCCUCCCGACAGAGUACCUGCAGCUGUUCCAUGUGGAAGUGGAAGUCCUGGACAUUAACGACAACUCUCCGCACUUCUCUCGCGCCAUCGUGCCCAUCGAGAUCUCCGAGAGCGCAUCCGUGGGGACGCGCGUCCCGCUGGAUGGCGCCGUGGAUGCGGACGUGGGGCAUAAUUCCCUGCACACAUAUUCCCUGACACCCAAUAACUUCUUUAAGAUCGACGUGAGGACGCGGACGGACGGAGCCAAGUACGCAGAGCUGGUGGUGAUGAGGGAUCUGGACCGAGAGGUGCAGUCCAGCUACCAGCUGCAGCUCACAGCCUCUGAUAACGGUGUUCCCCCCAAGUCUGGCUCCACUUUGCUCAAGAUCAGCAUCUCGGAUUCUAACGAUAACAGCCCAGCAUUUGAAGAGCAGGCUUAUAUCAUCAAUUUGCUCGAAAACUCACCCCUUGGGACUCUAAUCAUUGAUUUAAACGCCACAGACCCGGACGAGGGCACUAAUGGGAAAAUAGUCUACUCUUUCAGCAGCCAUGUCUCACCAAAGAUCUUGGAAACAUUUAAGAUAAACCCAGAAAAUGGCCACAUUACUCUGAUUAAAAAAGUGGACUAUGAAGCCACCGCUUCCUACGAGCUGGAUGUUCAGGCUCAGGAUCUGGGUCCCAAUUCCAUUCCUGGACUUUGCAAAAUUGUGGUGAAGGUGGUGGAUGUGAACGACAACAAACCUGAGAUAAACAUCAACCUGAUGACGCCCGGCAAAGAGGAGGUGGCCUACAUUUCAGAGGGCGCCCCCGUAGACACCUUCAUUGCUUUGGUUCGUGUUGAUGACAGCGACACAGGACUCAAUGGUGAGGUGGUCUGCAGGCUGCACGGACACGGACACUUCAGACUGCAGAAGACCUACGAGAGGAACUACAUGAUCCUCACCAACGUCUCCUUAGACAGGGAGAAGAGGUCAGAGUACAGUCUAACGGUCAUAGCUGAGGACCGGGGCUCCCCCAGCCUCUCCACCAUCAAACACUUCACAGUUCAGGUCCUCGAUGAAAACGACAAUCCCCCAAGUUUUGAGAAGAGCCGCUACGAGGUCUUUAAAUCAGAGAACAACUCUCCUGGGGCCUACCUGAUGACUGUGGUGGCCUCAGAUCCAGAUCUGGGCACCAAUGGCCAGGUCACCUACUCCAUCAUAGAUGUUUUGGUCCAAGGGAGCCCCAUCUCCACCUACGUUACCAUUGACCCUUCCAAUGGAGCCAUCUACGCCUUACGUAGCUUUGACCACGAAGAUGUGAGCCGUAUCGCCUUCACGGUUCAGGGACGUGAUGGCGGAAACCCUUCGCUGUCGACCAACACGACCGUCCUCCUGACUGUUCUGGAUGAAAACGACAACCCCCCCAUCAUCCACUCCCCCUCCCUCCGGAACCACACCGCAGAGCUGCCGGUGUGGAAGUACGCGUCACCCGGUCAGCUGGUCACCACGCUUAAAGUAACAGACCGGGACGCCGGCGCCAAUGGCGAGAUGAGCUGUGCCAUCAUUGGAGGCAACGAGGAUGGACUGUUUGUAAUGGAUGCUCGGCGAUGUGAACUCAGAACCAACGCCAGCCUGGAGCAGGCUCCAAGGGAUGUGAUGGAGAUCAGGGUGGAGGUGACAGAUAGAGGCACCAGCCGGCUGUCCACAGGGGCCACGCUCAGGCUGUCCCUGCAGGAGACCAUGGACAUCCUCCCCCCUCUCUACCCCACAGGCUCCAGCCAGGCCCCUCUGGACCUCUCCCUCAUCGUCAUCAUCUCCCUGGGCGCUGUUUGUGCUCUGCUGCUGGUGGUCAUGGUGAUGUUUGCCACUGCCCGCUGCAACAGGGAGAAGAAGGACCCCAGACACAACUACAACUGCCGGGUGGCUGAGAGCAGCUACCAGAACCACCCCAAGAAGCCCGCCAGGCAGAUCCACAAGGCCGACAUCACCCUGGUCCCCACUGUUAAUGGCACCCUGCCCGUCAGAGCUCACCCCCGCUCCCCCUCUGCCUCCCCGACACCUGAGAGGGGAGGCACCCUGGGGAGCAGGCAGAGCCAUCACAGCCGACAGUCCCUGAACAGCCUGGUUACCAUCUCCUCCAAUCACGUGCCAGAGAACUUUGCUCUUGAGCUCGCCCAUGCCACUCCACCUGUCGAGCAAGUCUCACAGCUUCUGUCCAUGCUCCAUCAGGGCCAGUACCAGCCACGACCCAGCUUCAGAGGCAACAAAUACACCAGGAGCUACAGGUACGCCCUGAACGAGAUGGACAAGUUCAGUCUGAAGGACAGCGGCCGUGGAGACAGUGAAGCCGGGGACAGCGACUACGAGCCUGGCAGGGAGUCCCCCAUGGACCGGCUCCUUGGUGAGGGCUUUACUGAGAUAUAUGCCCCUGAUGGCCACCACAGACCGCAUGCAGCGAUGAGACUCUGCACAGAGGAGUGUCGUGUCCUGGGUCACUCAGACCAGUGCUGGAUGCCCCCCCUGGCUUCCCCAGCAUCCUCCUCCUCAGACUACCGCAGCAACCUCUACAUCCCCGGGGAAGAGGCCCGCCAACCUACCGAGGAAAAGACUCCUCAGCCCUGCACUGAGGCCGGUCCUGCCCGCAACCAGAGCUUCUCCACCUUCGGCAAGGACCUGGGCAGCGAGGACGGUGACGAAGAGGAAGGGGGUCAGGUCAAUGGGGGUGAGGCCAGAGAUGAAGACUUGUGUGGGACCACUUCACUGCUGUCAGAGAUGAGCAGCGUGUUUCAGAGGUUGCUUCCCCAGGGUCUGGAUUCUUAUGUCCAGGUCAACGAGACCCAGAAGGGGACUAGCUUGAGCGGGGUGGGGGUCCCAAUGACUGGAUCUUUAGAUCGUAGGAGGGGCCACCUCCCUGGCAAAUCUAACCCCUCCGUCCACCAGCAGGGUGUAGCAGCCUGGGCUGCCAACACCCACUUCCAGAACCCUGGAAGCAGCAUCGGCCCAUCCGGCCACCACCAGGGCAGCUACCACACCCUGAAACCCAGCACCAAGCUCAGCUCCCAGACCGGCUGCCACAAGGGCUCACAGGCGCCCAAAAACAGCCCCCAGAACAGCGGCCACGCCCCCAAACCCCACAGCAGCCCCCUGCUCACGGCACUGGUCAGCCCCACUAUGGUGCAACCGUCCCCGGCUCCGGUCCAAGUAUCGGUACCACUCCCUGGGCCCUCCUCCAAGUGGCUGCCGGCCAUGGAGGAGAUCCCAGAGAACUAUGAGGAGGACGACUUUGACUCUGUGCUCAGCCACCUUCAAGGCAAACGCAGCGACAGCCGGCAUGAGCUGGUGGACGCCAGCGAGCUGGUGGCCGAGAUCAACAAACUCUUACAGGACGUCAGACAGAGCUAGACUUCCUGUUUCUUACUCUCUUAAUUUAUUCACCGCUCACUGACAGCUUCCUGCACUUCAAAAUGAACGUGAGGAGCUGACGGCGGCCAAAAGAAAACGGAAGUAUGAACAAAGACCAGAAAAGAAAAAAAGACCUGCAAUUGUCGUUAAAGUUGCAUUUCUAAUGUAAUAAAUGUGUUUUGUGAAUGCUAAAUAUCCAAAAAAUGUUUGUAAUGCUGGUUUGGUACACAAUGUACACUAUGUGACUGUAUUUAUCUUUGUAUUUUAAAAAUACAUUUGUAUACUUAUAUUUAUAAAAAAAAAGUGUAUAUAAAGUUAAUCAGAAGUCUAUUUUUAUAUUUUGAAUGCAUGUUGAGUACAACGUUGAAUCAAGACUUUGACAUGCGAUCGACAUUCUACAUAUUUAAACCGUCUUUUGUAUCGUGAUUCUUUUUUAUUUGUCUCUAUGAUAUGUAAACAUGAGUAUAUAAUGAUUAAUGGACACUUGUCUUUGUGGAUUCAUGUGGGGAAAGGGACGAACACAAUAAAAAUAAUAUACUAAUAUUUA